UAGUCCUGAUAAUUCCGUUUUCAACUCUGCUAAUGAGAAUGGUAUGGAAUAUGACGCAUGACGAAAUAUCGGCACGUGGAAUACUAUCGUCACAACAAACUUUGCUCUUCAUGAGUGAAUGAAGCUGCAAUGACGGAAGUGAUGACUUCACAUCCUGAGGGACUCCAUGGGAUUAAAGGUCUUAAUGUUUAUCUGCGAUGGAAACAUGUUAACUUUGUUAUUGGAGUGUGUCAGAGGUUAUAAAAAUACAAUCUCACAUGUAGGACAGUCUGUGGAUGACGAUGUACAUCGGUGCCCCGGGAGUUCACAAAGAUCGUGCUGAGCCGGCACAUUGAAUGAGUUUAAAUAUUGUGAAAUUGAUCAAAAUGAAACAUUUUAGUUACUACAUUGAGGCUAUCAAUAUGUUCCUAUCAAUAGUGGCUUUACUCCUUGUCGGAGUGGCUACUGCUGAUCACAAUUAUGCCUGGAACACCGAGAACGAGUAUCACUACAUCGUAGAGAGCAGAACUUUUGGUGGCCUUCCAAAAGUUUCGGAUCAGUACACUGGAGUCUUGCUACGAGGAGUCCUGAAAAUUCAACCUCAGAAUGAGGGGACACUCCUUGCAAAGCUUUCAAAGGUUGAAAUCGCUUCAAUUCAUGCCCACCUUCCCAAGGGUUGGGACUCGGACAUCCCUGAAAGCGUUCAGAAGCGCCAGCCCUUAAUCACUUCUGGGAAACCCUUCGCGAUCAAGAUGGAGAAUGGAAUCAUCAAAGAGUUGAUCUUCUCCAAGAAUGUUUCCACUUGGGAAGUUAACCUUCACAAGAGUACUAUUAGUCAACUGCAGAUUGACACUCAGGGUGAUAAUAUGAUACCAUCAAGGAGUAAUCUACCUCCUUCCGACGAUAAAAGCUCUAAUGCUAUGUUUAAAACCAUGGAAGACUCUGUUGGAGGUAAUUGUGAAGUGCUAUAUGAUAUCAAUACCCUUUCUGAAGCACAGGUAGACCAAUUUCAUCAUCUACCUGGUAAACAGUUUAGAUCAGAGGGUGAAAUAUAUGAGAUUAUGAAGACUAAGGAUUAUGUGAAAUGUGAAGAACGAGUUGCCGUGCACUUUGGAAUUCCAGGACUUCUUGAUUUCGAACCUGGUAGUGCAAAAGAUGGAAAUUUCUUGUUUAAAUCAUCGAUCAGUGAGGUAAUACUAACCGGUAACCUCAAGGCUUUCACUGUCCACUCAUCAGUGACUACUGAGAAAAUCAUAUUAAGUCCAAAUCUCCAUGACCGUAAGACUGGAGUUGUUGCAAGCAAAGUGAAUUUGACUCUUUCUUUAGUGCGUCCGACGAGCCGCCCCUGGCUCCCUCCGUUCAACUCUGAAUCAGUUGGAAAUCUUGUUUAUACCUACGAGCGCCCGUUCUCUCCAGAAGGAGAAGAUCGUAGCCCAGGAGAGCCAACAAGGAGCCGCAGUUGGAAAAGUCCCGAACCUGACGACGAUAACUACAAUGAGGAGAAGCCACACAAAGGGCACUUUGAUGACUCCAGUGCUUCUGAAGAGUUAGAAAACAAUGUGCUUCAUUUGCAGCCCAAACCAACAUUAAACGAGCCUCCCCAGUAUCCGAUACUUCCUUUCUUCAUCGGCAACAAAGGAAAGGUCGUGGGAGGUUCUGACAGUAAGGCGCUGAUUAACAUGGCCAAGAGACUUGCUAGUGAAAUUGGUCGCGAUGUGGAGACUCCGGACACCAUCCUCCAGGAGCAAACUCUGGAGAAAUUCACUUCCCUCAUCGCCGUUUUGAGGACCAUGAGUAUUCGGCAACUUAGAGAGAUUCAGGAAGAGCUUUAUGAACCUACCAAGAACCUUGAUGAAGAUGACCAAGGAAAGAGAGCCAUUAGCAAUGCUUGGAAGGCGUUCAGAGAUGCCAUAGCCAGUACUGGCACUGGUCCUGCUCUUCUCCUGGUGACUGAAAUGAUUAAAGAGAAUAGACUUGAUGGACUUGAGAUAGUGAACGUUUUGUCGACACUUUGCAAAGCUGCUAAAGAACCUACACCCGAAUACAUCAACGCUUUCUUCAAAUUGGCUGUCGACCUAGAGUCGGAGAGGAUGAACAAUCAGGGAGCGCCGAUUCGAGAAGGUUUGAAGAACGAUGCCAUCUCCACCAGUGCGAUUCUUGCAUUCACCGAAUUGAUACGUUAUACACAAGUCAACGGCCGCAUUGCUCAUAAUCGUUUCCCGGUUUACACUUUUGGAAAUUUUAUUCCGAGUACAGAUAAUGCUCUACUUCGUGAUUACUUGCCGUACCUGGUCCAGAAGUUGGCACAGGGGAUAGAGGAAGAUACUCCUCGUGCAACAGCAUACAUCCGAGCUAUUGGAAACGUGGCCCAUCCCAGCAUUAUUUCAUUUUUUGGGUCCUAUUUGGAAGGGAGUAAGCCAUCCACCGUUCAUCAAAGACAAAUGAUGCUCAUUGCCAUGGAUAGAUUGAUUACUUAUAACCCUGAGGUUGUUCAAGGUCUCGCGUACAGAAUUUAUCAAAACACUCGAGAAUCUUUCAAAGUUCGUGCUCUGGCCGUUUACUUGCUGUUGAAGGCUCAACCUAAUCUGGCAAUGCUUCAACGUAUAGCCCAUUUCACCAACUAUGAUGUUAGUAAGCAUGUAAACUCAAUCGUUAAAUCCUUCAUUGAAAACGCUGCAAACCUAGACCAACUAGCGUACCAGGAGUUGGCUCGCAAUGCACGCAUGGCUCAAGCAUUCUUGACACCUGAGAAUUAUGGAGAUGAGUACUCAGCAGGUCACAUUAUAGAUGAUUACCUCAAAGACCUCAAUAUCCAUUACUUUGCGGAGCUUGGUUGGAUCUAUGGUGAGGACGGGGCUAUGCCUCAAGGAGUAUACACCAGCUUUAAUACCCUUUAUGGGGAUUUCAAAGCACCUACAGAUGAAACUGGUAUAAUGGUUUCUAGUGUCAAGGAUUUCUACAAAAUUCUGCAGUCCCUGUUGAACAAUGUGUUCAGAAAGAGGAAAGAUCAGGUUUAUACAGGUAAAGCAGAAACUGCCUCUGAGGCAAUAGUCGAGAUGCUGGGCAUUCAGCCCAAGAAGAGAGAUAAAUUCGAAUUCUACUACUUAUCACGGGAUACAUACCGUAGUUCUUACUUUAUGAUCGGUGAGGAUAUGCUCAGCCCCAUUCCUGACGAAUAUAUUAACAAAGCUAUUGCCUCCUUGAAACGUGGGAAAAAUUUUCACCUGAUGAGUCUCCAGAACUACGAGGUGACGGUUGGUUUACCCACCGCCACAGGUCUGCCUUUCACCUUCGACUUUCAGAUCCCUCGUCUCCGCAAAUUUUCCGGAACAGCCAAGGCAAUCAUCAACCCAGACACAACCCAAUACUCCAAUAUUGGUGUCCAGGCCAUAAAUACUACCCUAGACAUGCAUGUUCUCUUCGCCCAGAAAGUACAAUCUCGUUUCGGUUUCGUAACACCCUUUGAAGGUCAGGAAUAUGUCACUGCAAUUGAUAAAAAUCUUCAACUGUACCUACCAGUGAGUGUGAAGACUGCCUAUGAUAUCUCUAAGAAACAGAUUCGCUUUGAGAUAUCCCCCGUGAACAAAAAUAUACAAUCGAAAUUAUUUCACUGCGACAUUAUUCCCUUCACCUCUCGCAGUGACGUUGCAGACCUUACACCGAUUGCCUCUGCAUAUAAUACCGAUAAGUUAGAAAUGAACGAGGGUGUUAAAGAGUCUUCAAGGAUCGUUGGAAAGAAAUCAAACGGAUUGCUCUUCAAAAUUAUAGAAUCUAAACGUGAUGCCACUCCUUCUAUUUUGGAUACCAUCCAUCCAGAGAUGCAAUUGGAACACAUCUUGUUUCCCCUGGCACGAAAAGACAUCAAGUACUACAAGAUUGAGAUUUUCAACGUUCCUAAUCCCUCAAGUAAGCAAGAAAUUGAUAUUAUAAUUAGCUGGGACACAAUGUUGAAGAGCAUGAAAACCAACAGCCAAUCACUCCAACGCUCUACUGAUUGGUCUUCAAAGCCAGAGGUGUAUGAACCCUCGGAUAAAACGUCAGGUAGUUCAUCGAGAAUGAAAGAAAUGAUGCUGCAAGCACUUAAAGACCUUCCAUGUGCUGAUGCUGCAGCUAUCGACAUGGCCCUUGAAUUACCAGGAACUGAGACUAAGAAUUACCUCAUGACAAUUGCUGUUGCGAAAAGUAAAGUUGACGGGAAGUUCAAAGCACUUGUUUAUGUUCGCAGUGAUAACGUUGGUUAUCCGUCUACACCUUUUGAGGCUUGUGCUACGGUGCACGGAUUGAACCCUCACCUACCGCCCUUUGAAGCCAACGAAAUUAAGGGGGAGGACCUAGAGAGAAAUGUUGAUAUCAGAAUAAGCGUUGGAACCGCUUGUAAAUCAGGAAGAAUAAGUGCUUUACAUGGCCGGCAGUGGCAGAGCCUUGAGCUCCGGGAGAUCAUAGAAAAAGACAAAAAUACCUUCAUGAAUUGGGGAUUACCUACAACUUUUAUGGACAAAGGUAGUUUCAUUGUAUAUGAAGCCAAUGAUACUAUGGACGAUCAAUGGAGUAAUCAUCCCAAGAACACCAGGCAGAUGGGUCGAUCCAACAAUAAUGUUCCGAGUAAAUUCUUAGGUAAUGACAAUAGUGCUUCAACUUCUCAGAACGAGGCAUCCGUUAGACUUGACUUUGAUGUCGAGCCUGCUACUAAGGAAGCUCGGUUUGACUUCAAAGCUCCGAUUAUGAAUCUGAAUUAUAAACACACCAAGCAACUGCCUCGAUCGAUGAUUCCAUUAUUGUCUGCUCAGAGUGAGGAAACUUACGACGACAGGAACAUUAAAGCAAUCGGAAGGCGAACAUCUACCCAGAGACUUGCAUCUCCUGAUGGUGUGUGCGUGCUCGAGAAAGAUUUCAUAAUCACCUUCGACGGCACUGAAUAUCCCCUGAACAUGAAUCAGUGCUGGUAUAUAGCGAUGACAUCAGUUCCCGAGAAGGACCCGAGCGGUUCCAAGCCCGCUAUUCAAUCGGACAAGCAAGCUAGCAUUACUAUUCGCAAAGAUGAAUCGGAUAAUUUGAAACGACAGAUUUCUUUGUCUCUGGGACAUGAGGAGAUUCAAUUAAGCAAACCCAACUCAGAAGUCGAGGUCAAAUUGAACCGUAAAUUAAUUGAUCUAUCCAGCGGCGUUUACUUCGAUAAGGAAGGAGAAGAGGAUGAGCUUGAAAUUAUUAAAUUGUCCGACGAGGCUGUACGUGUCAAGAGUAAGAAGUAUGGCCUCAAAAUCACGUUCGAUGGACAUCGCGCCCAAAUUAAGGUUGACGAAAAAUACCGCGACUCAGUUCGUGGCCUCUGCGGGAACUUCGAUAGUGAGCCAUCAAACGACUUAUUGACUCCUCGCAAUCGUUUGAGCUCAAAACCACAGGACUUUACCUCUCUCUACGUUCUCCCAGUCAAGGAAUGCCAAUCGACAUCCAUGGACCUUCGCGAAUUGGAGAAAUCCCUCCCCCUUGACAAACCGCGAUUUAAUAAUGUCUUGAGUGAUCGUGAAGCGGGCCGUACUACCCAUCAAGGAAAGUGGCAAUCAUCCGUCACACCGGGUAUGGGAGAUAAGAGAAAAUACAAUCCAAUUGUUAAAACUAGGAUCAUCUCUACUGAUGGUAAGACAUGCUUCUCUCUCAGACCCCUACCCACCUGCCCCCCACGAACAUUACCAACUCGUGUCAAGAGCGCACUGUUUCCUGUCUACUGUCUACCCAAUGGAGAAUCAGCUAACCGUCUGUCAGAUCGCAUUCACAAAGGUGCUAAUCCGGAUCUGAGUCAGAAGUUGCCUUCGAUGAAGGUGAAGCUCGUAAUUGCUGAGCAUUGCUCUUCGGCAGCUUAAUUCAGGUGAUUGUGUCAAAACAGACAAUUAUUCCAGGACGUGAAUAAUUAAACGUUCAAUCCAUCAUUCGAUUUGUAUGGAGCCAAGGAGGGAGAGAGAGAGAGGUUUUUAAGUAGUGAGUAAGUGAUCAUCUGCUUCGUUGAUUUUCUAUUUUAAGGAAAAAUCAAUAGAAUUUCCCAUCACUAGUAUUUGUCAACUGAAUAAGCCAUGUUACUAUUGGAAGUUCAUCUUCAUGUAUAAGGGUUCACAGAUAUCAAUGUUUGAAAUACACGCGUGUGUGUUUUGGAAGAAUAAAAUAAAAAACGGUUCCAGGUUUUCCCAAAUGUCUUGACUUGUGAACGAGGUUCUGAAUAACUAACGGUUUUCAAAUCGAAGACUAUUGACGUAUUUCCAUUCAAUAAUUCAUAGUAUCUGUACUAUAAUUAGAUAUAGAUAGAAUUCCAAUUGAAUUGUGUCGCGGAAUCCCUAGCGAUUAGAUUUAAUUAUUUAAUACGUGUCCGUUCCAUUUUUAAUAUUAUGGGAUCAAAUGUGCGUAUUAUACAUGUGCUAUUUUGUGUUAUUAUACGGUCAUUUAAAAUUUUGAAAUAUUUUGACAUGUGGUUUCUGCUCUUCUUUUUAUUGAAGCAAGUCACAUUGAUAUUGAAAUUUCAUUAGCAAUGCUAUCAAAUAUCAACUAUCUUUUAAUUGCAUUGGGUGACUCAGAUGAAGGUGAUUGAAUACAUUUUCAUUGGUCUGGAGGGCAUUUUUGUUAUUAAUAUAAUUUAAUUUCAUUAAUGCAUGUUUGGAGUUUAAAUACAUCCGAGUGCUCGCGAACUUCCGAAUCCAUAUGUUCAUCAGCACUGACUAAAGCAAAUAUUUUCAUAGUUGGGUUUCGUCCACAGAAUCAAUACAAAUUCCAAUUCCCCCCAGACCAAAUACCAGUUGUCUGAUUGAAUAUUUGUGUUUAGAGUAGAUAAAUUUAUGCUUAUCGCAUAUGUUAUUAAUUAACUAAAGUGGUAGUUUAUUUUCAAUUACUCGCGAGCCACAAAAAUAUUCGUUAGUGUGUAAUUAGUAUUUGAUAAUAAUUCGAAAUACAGCUUUUACCAAUAAUGCGAGGAUAAUGGAAUGUUUGCACCGGGGAUAUCGAAACAAAUUGCGGUUUACGUUAUAUGCCCACACGACGAACAUCUCGAUCGUACACACAUGGACAAGAUGUAUAUAUACAGAAGUACGUAUCACUUAGAGAUACGCUUAUAUAUGGCGUAUUUUCGAACAGAAAAUCCGAUACAUCAGAUAUAUGUCAGUUAUAUGUAUGGACCUAAGUACUAUCGGAACUAUUUAGCAUAUAUCUGUUAUAUAAAGCGGAUAUGUUCAACAUGUAAUUUUGCCCAAAUUGCGAUGUCUCAUCAAAUUCUUUUUGCGAUUAAAAUAAGCGCAGAGACGUUCAAGAUAUCCCGCGUGGGAAAAUUCAGCUAAUUUUCGAAGGAGUUCCAGAAUUCUCCAGCAGAAUCAGCGAAAGUAUUUGGGAAGACCUCGUUACUGACUCAAAUAGAUUCUUUGGAAGAUUUUCGGAGGACAAUAAUUUUUUUUUAAGAUGUUCUGAAUCUGGCUGAGAAAAAUAUUUUAGAAAUCUUUUCUUUCCAAGAGAUCUUUCGAUGGUUCUUUUGUAGAUAAAUGAAAGAUCUGCGAUAGACAAAUUUUUCUACACGAAAUGACUCUCUCGGUAUAACUUCAAGUCGACAGAUAAGAUAAGUCUUACUAAUGCAAAUAAAUGAUUCAGUUCUUAUUGAAUUUAAUUGGAAAAAUUUGCCUCUGAUGGGCAAAACAUUAGUCCAGUCACAGCGAUAAUUACACAGGCCGGAAUUUGCAUGCUGGUAUGCCGGGCAUCUUCGUAGGGUGCCCGGUGAGAUAUAACUAAUUGCUAUCGAUCAUCUUCCUUAUUACUCCCCAGGAAUCGGUUGAGAGAUGAUGGAUAUCCGGAAAGCGUUCCCUUACUACGUUAUUGGCCUUCCAACGAACCAGUUGUUGAACUGAAUUGAGCCGAAUAAGAAAUGAUACCUGGACUUUCGAAGUGCGAGGGAUGGAGUUGAGCGGAUACCAUCAAUUUUGUCGGGUCAUUCGCUUUCAGAAAACUUAAUUUGCUAAGGAAAAGAAAUCGAAGCGUUUAUGGUGGGGAGUAUUUAUUUUUAAUUCAAUGAGCCGGCUCAGACGAAUAAAUAAUUCAAGGAUUUAUCGGAAUGGAGGAAGGGUGAGAGUCCGAGCUAUUCUGAAGGUUCUUUUGAACAACUACACCGAGAGAAAGGUCAGUGAAAAAUUACUGUGCCGGGCACUCAAAUCCAGGUGCAACAUCCUGGAAUACUGGGAUAUGUUUUACUCACAAAUAAAGAUUCCUAUGAAUACCGUAAAUUUGGUAAUAAAUUUUGUAAUUAAUGAUAUGUGGCCAGGCCAAUAUUCACUGAAGUUUGGGGGAAUUUGAGCGUUAAGCCAAUAAAAUUUCAAUUUCCAGCGCU